UCCUUUAUUUUGCCUGGCUGAGGUUUUGCAUUGUAAAGGAUUGGCCUCCUUUGCUGCCCAUCCCAUCGCUUUCACUUCCAGCCUACAUGGCUUCUGCACCACACAUUUUCUGUCUCCCCCCUCCCCUUCUAAAUUCCUGUCAUUGCUUUGGAAUCUUUGGAAUGAGGAAAGGGGAAGACGAUUUGUGCCUCUGCCGUCAUGAAGUUGUUUCUUGUGGCUGUUUUCCUUGUCUUAUCUGUUGUUGAUCAUCUGACCUCAGGGAAGAAGCUCCGCUGGUGCACGCUUUCCCCCCUGGAGCAGAAGAAAUGCUCUGAGCUCUCCAGAGCGCUUCUGUCUGCUUUAUCACCUGUCUCCAGCAGUCCUUUUAAGAGGGUUUCUUGCAUCCUAGCCCACAACACUUAUGACUGUAUCAACAAGAUUCGGGAGAAUAAAGCUGAUGCAGUUUCCUUGGAUGCCGGAGAUGUUUACUCUGCUGUGAAGCUUUAUGGCUUGACCGUGGUGGCCAAGGAGAUCUAUUUGGGAGGUAGCUGUGUGUUUGCAGUGGCUGUGGCCAAGUGUGGAACGCUGGAUAUCCAAAGGCUCAAAGGAGUCCGAAGUUGCCAUAAUGGAGCUAGGUGGACUUCGGGCUGGAACAUUCCCAUGGGCUUCCUCUUAGCUAGGAGUGAUCUGAUGUGGUUCUCAGGCCGGCCCCUCAGCCAAGCAAUCAAUGGUUAUUUCAAUGCCAGUUGCAUCCCUGGCAUCGGAGCCACCUAUCCAAAGCUCUGUGCUCUCUGCCAAGGGCCGAAGUCGUACAUCUGGGACAAGAACCAUUUCUGCGAGACCAACCACCGCGAACCCUUCUAUGGCUCAGAGGGUGCCUUCAGGUGCCUGAAGAUGGGACUGGCGGAGGUGGCUUUCCUAGAUCACUUCACAGUCAUGAGUGCGACAGACUUGGAACGGGAAGAGUAUGAGCUGCUGUGUCCUGAUGGAUCCACUGCGCCUUUGACGGCCUACUCUACUUGCAACCUGGGCAGCGGACCGGGCCGUGCAAUUGUCACACGCCACAACUUGCAGAAGACAGCGAAGAAAUUUCUCAAGAUCAUCCAGCACCUGUUUGGAAUCAGAGGAAAAGAAAAGGCCAGAUUUGAGCUCUUCACAUCUGCACCGUUCAGAGGGAGGGACCUGCUGUUCCACGACGCCACUCAGAAUCUGCAGCUGCUGGGAGAAGAAACUGAGAUCAGUCAGAUUCUUGGCCUGGACUACGUCACCCUCCUGCAGGGUUUGGGACACGAAGGUGAGGAAGGCUCAUUCUCCAUUCCCCGGCAACUGGGCAAGGCAGCUUCUCACACCUCUGAUUGUCAUUUUUCUGCUGCCCCAGGGAGCUCUCUGUCCAACAGCCUGGUGCGCUGGUGCUGUAUCAGUGACCUGGAGCUCCAUAAAUGUGAGGAGUGGGCUCUGAAUGUCAGGUCUGACCCCCUGGUCUGUGUCCAAGCAGACUCCAUGAUCGGCUGCAUUGAGCUCAUCAAGAAAAACGAGGCAGAUGCUGUUACUCUGGAUGCCACCCAUGCAUACUUUGCAGAGACCUGCACACUCGCCCCUGUGGCUGCAGAGUUUUACGGAGAAGAAUGUGCUCCCACAAGGGAGGAACUGGACCUGUUGACCCACGUUGGGGGUCUUCCUCCCCUCUACUCUGUAGCCCUGGUGAGGAAGGCCAACCAACAAAUAAGCCGAUACACCCUGAGGGGAAAGCGCUCCUGCCACAGCCACGUGUACAGCCCAGGUGGGUGGCUGCUGCUCUCCCAGUUCACGGCUGGGGCCCUGGAGAAAGGCAGCAGCACCUGCAACCUCACCUCUGCAUACCAGAAUUUUUUUGGGAAAGGCUGCAUGCCAGGAGCCAAUGGAAAUCUGUGCAAAGUCUGCAUUGGACAAGAGGGGAGAGUCAAGGGAUCCUCUAAGUGUGCAGCUAAUCAUCAUGAACGAUACUAUGGCAAUCUGGGGGCCCUCAGAUGCCUCUUGGGUGAUCCCACUGGGAGAAGCUUUGGUGAUGUUGCUCUUUUGGAACAUCAUAACCUACUUCAGAACAUUGAAUAUCUGACUAGCUCAGGAUGGGCCACCGGCUACUCUCCCGGGGAUUUUGAACUCCUUUGCCCAGAUGGGAGCCGAGCAGCCAUAACAGCUUGGAGGACCUGCAACCUGGGCUGUGUUCCUCCCAGCAUUGUGGUGACUCGACCAGUGACUGUCACUAAGGUCCAGGAUUUCUUAUUAAAGUCCCAGGAAUCAAGCAAGAACAGUUUUCAGCUCUUUGAGUCGCUAAGAUAUGGAGGAAAUGACCUGCUCUUUAAAGAUGCUACUCAAGGCCUCGUCUUCACAGGCCAGUUGGACUUCAAGUCGAUUCUUGGGCAGUCUUUCUUUCAGCUUGCCCAAUCCGUCUUCAGCUGCACCUCUGCAGGUAUCCUAGACUUUUGCGAACUGGAUACUUGUACCUCUUCCACACAGCCUUGAGGUUAUUCAGAGAAGCUCUCUUCAACUCUGCCAGCUGAAAGAAGAGAGAGACACCUAUACAAGCUUUUUCUGUCACCAAUUCUGGUUUAUGGCAAUUUUCCAAUUUUCUUAUACAACAUCCAAGUUAUCCUUCAGCAUCUAUUGGAAAAUCCAUCUUUGAAUCUAUCCUACUGGUAUGUUAGCCAAUGGAAGGCAUCCAUGCAAUGGAUUAACUCUCACCCCCCCUCCAUCUCUAGAAUUCACAAUCCCAGCCAGAUUUUGGCUGCACCUGCCACCUUUUCAGCUCCACUCUGU